GGUUAACAGUCGAUUACAAUUAUUAACAGUUAAAAUAAACCUAUAAGCUAUUGACAAGUGUCUCUAUUCACCGUUUAACAAUCCGACUUGUUGAGAGGCCGAUAUGGAUUAGUAUAUGGCUGGGCUAGGUUAAUGUUUGUUAGUCACUUCUUGUCCAACACAAAUGUCUUCGCCUUCUGUAAUGAUUGUGUCAUGGGUCUUGCAAUACUUGAAAAAACCUUCCACAAACCUCCGAUAAUAUCCUCCUAAGCCUAGGAAACUCCGUACUUCACGAAUAUUGUUUGGUGGACCCCAGUUUGUCAUCACUUCUAUCUUCUUGGGAGUCACCUCUACUCCACGACCAGAAAUCAUAUGCCCCAAGAAUAGAACUUCUCCUAACCAGAAAUAAAUUUGGAGAACUUGGUGUAUAACUCUUCCUCCUUCAAUCUCUGCAGUAUCACCCUCAAGUGUCCUUCGCGCUCUUUCUCGCUCCUAGAUUAUACGAGGAUAUCAUCAGUGAAGACUGUGACGAACUUAUUUAUAUACUCAUGGAGGACCCAGUUCAUCAAGGCCAUAAUAGGUGUCGGUGCAUUAAUUAGACCGAACGACAUGCCCAAGAGCUCAUAGUGGCCAUACCAUGUGUGGAAUGCCGUCGUAGGUAUGGAGCCAUCUACCACCCUCAAUUGAUGAUAUCCAGACAUCAGAUCGAUCUUCGGUAGAGCCAUUCAAACCAACCGUUUCUUGUUCCAGGGUUCAUGGCUCGAACACGCUUUCUGGGUUGAUAGUUUCCUUAUCGCUCUUCCCAUCCGGCGAGGAGGAUCUUGUCGCCAGUCUUCGACUUCAACUUGUGUUCGGGGGUUUCUCCGUCGAGACUUUCUUGCUAUGAGGCAAUGCCGCCGCUAUUGUAAUCGAGAGAGUCUAGGAGAAAAAUCACAAGAAAACCUACCGAAAAUGCAGGUGUUUAGCGAAUAAAGAUGAUUGUGUUAUUAUUGAACGACUAGCCGUAUUUUCCAAUGAAUUGCAAAAUGCGUAAAAAAACUUGAAAAUUAUCGUUAAAUAAAUCAUACUAUUGGGUCUAAUAUUAACCUGCCUAAUACGGGCCCAAGCCCACCACAAAGCGUCUCACUUUGGGCCCAAGCCCAUUAUGGGGUCCAGUACACCGGGACGCGUCCGUCCACCCGGGGACGUCCUUUACCCGAAGGCGUCCAUCACGAGAGGCGUUCAUCGACGGGAGGCGCCCAAUCUAUCGGGGUCGUCCAUUACAAUGGGCCUCCGACUCCUAUAUAAGGAGGCAAGACCCUCCAAGCAAAGGGACUUCUCUCCCUUCCCACAUUUUACCACUUAUGGUUCUCUCUCUAAACUCUAUCUCUCUCUACACUCCUCUCCGUCAAGGUUUUGUGUGGAACCUUGAUCCGGAGUCCAUCGUCUGAUGGACGCCUUCGGGUAAAGGACGCCCCCGGGUGGACUGGACGCAUCCCGGGGUACUGGACUCCAUAAUAGGCUUGGGCCCAAGGUGAGACGCUUUGUGAUGGGCUUGGGCCCGUAUUAGACAGGUUAAUACUAGACCCAACAUUUGCCUAUUUGCUUCUUGUAUUCUGCAAGAAUGGAAGCAGUAAAAUAAUGACGGCGGUAGGGUCACGUGUCUAUAUAGUGUAUAGUCAUAAUCUUCUGAGAUUAUUAGUGUUUUUUGUUUUGUUUUGUGGUAUUAAUUUUUUUUUUUUUGUUUAAUGGGGAGUAGAGAGAGGGAGAACUGGUUAUAAAAAGCCAACGACGAACGCCAUGCCAACAACCUCCCCACACUCUAGAAUUUUCUCUCCCAAAACCCCAAACAUUACCGCCAAACGCCAGCUAUUCUCCCUUCCUCUUCGUCUCUCCUACAUUCUCUCGCCCGUCUCCGAAUCUCGCAAAAUGGAGGCGCCAAUCCACUGCGCACCAGCUCCAGACGCUCUUUUCAAAUCCGCCGGCGGCGGCGACGACGCUUCCCCUGACUUUCCUCAGCCGGACGUCCAGAUCCUCACCUCCGCCGGCCUCCGCAUCCCCGCACACGCCGCCGUCCUGGCCUCGGCGUCGCCGGUGCUGGAGAGUAUUGUUGACAGUCCGCCCAAGCACAGUAGUAGCUCCGAGAGAGUCAUUCCGAUCCUCGGCGUUCCCUGCGCCGCCGUCGCCGUCUUCGUCCGACUCCUAUACUCGUCAAGGUAUGCAGAAGAUGAGCUGGGGAAGUUUGGGAUCCAUCUUUUGGCACUGUCACACGUCUACUCUGUUCCAACCCUGAAGCAGCGAUGCGCCAAGGCGGUUGGUCAGAACUUGACCAUUGAUAACGUGGUGGAUGUUCUUCAACUGGCGCGGCUAUGUGAUGCGCCUGACCUUUACAUCAAGUGCAUGAAGUUGGUCUCCAGCAACUUCAAACCCGUGGAGCAAACAGAAGGGUGGCAGUUCAUGCAGGACCAUGAUCCCUGGCUCGAGCUCGAGAUCCUGCAGUUCAUUGAUCAAACUGAACUGAGGAAGAAGAAAGCUAGAAGGCACAGGGAAGAGCAGCGGUUGUACAUGGAGCUCGCGGAGGCGAUGGAUUGCUUAGAACACAUAUGCACAGAAGGGUGCACGAGUGUUGGGCCGUACGAUGUCGAGCCUAACAGGAAGAGCCAGCCUUGCAGCAAGUUCUCUACCUGUCAAGGGGUUCAGCUUUUGAUCAAGCACUUUGCUGCGUGUAAGAAGCGGGUUAAUGGAGGAUGCUCCCGUUGUAAAAGGAUGUGGCAGCUUCUCAGACUCCAUGCCUCGAUCUGUGACCAACAUGAUUCUUGCAAAGUCCCUCUUUGCAGGCAAUUCAGAUUGAAAAUGCAGCAAGAGGAAAAGGGCGACGACACUUUAUGGAAGUUGCUAGUGAGGAAAGUGGUGUCUGCCAGGGUAAUGUCUACCUUGUCCCCAUUUGCCAAGAGGAAACGAGAAGACAUCGAGCGCAUGCUUCCUCCCCAAAUGAAUUGGACCCAUCAAGCAAAGUAAAUCGUCUUGAUUAGCUUCUUCUAGUUUGGGUGAAAAUGUUGUGAUUUUCUUUCUUCUUUUAUUGAUUUGAAGUAGUAGAAAAUGGGCAUUCAAAAGAUUGUUCUAGAUUGGGGUGAGUUAGUUAUCACUUGUCCCUUUUUGGGUCUGAUGGCUACAUCUGAGUAGUAGGAAAUUGCUAUGUGGAGACGUGAAGAAAAUCAAGCACAACUGUGUCGUCGUCGUGUGUAUAUUAUCAUAAUAGUGUACAACUAAGUGGGGCCCCCUUUCUCUCUGUAAAUUGAUGUUUCAUUUGAGAGAAAUUACAAGUUGAUUCAUUAAUUUUGGUGAGUAAUAAAUUUUUUUAGAGCCA